GAAACAACACUGCAAUAUCACACAUGGGUUAUAGGACAUCCUUGUCAUUGUUUGUGGAUGAAUGAAACGGGCCGAUCCGGAGCCACUGAUUUCGAACUUGCAUGUCCGUUGUGGUCGUGGAUAUCAUAAGUAAUAUUCAUUAUGACUACAGAAGUGAAUCUAGUGGAAGAGACUAAGAACCCUUCUCAGCAGCAGCAGCAGCAAGACGAGGUUGAGACAGACACAGUAGUAAGCUCAGAGACAAAGAAAGGAAAGUCCGAGGAGGAUCCCAAACAAGUAGCUGAGGUAGAAGCGCAACAGGACCAAGAACAGAAAACUGCCUCUGGCACUCCUGCCAACGGUGAGACACCAACCCAUGUGGAUCAAACCAAGGGCAAAGAACGUGCCUCUGGAGGCAAGGGGUUAUCACGCCUUCUGUCCUCCUUUCUCAAAAAACCUAAAUCCCAGAUAUCUGAAGAGGGCAAGGACACAGGGGAGGUAAAGGAGAAAAAGGAAGAAGAUCAUAAAGGAACAGUGCAAGAGGUGCUGGAAGGGGAAGUUAACGUGGAAGAGGAGAUUGAACUGAAAGCUCCAAUAGCAGAUCCUGAGCCAGAACUGCGAACGGAGGCAGAUCCUGCUUUGGAUCUCCAUUCCCUAAGUAGUGCAGAGACACAGCCUGCAAAUGAGGACCAAAGAGACGAAGAAGACCAGGAUCUAGAAGAAGACCAAGAAGAUACAGGAGAAGAAAAGUCAGAGAAAAAGACAAAAAAGGGAGGUUCAGAGAUUAAAGCCAGUGAAGGUUCACAGAAGCCUGUUAGGAGAUACCGAACCAUGCACUGCAAAGUCUCUCUUCUUGAUGACACCACCUAUGAAUGUGAUUUGGAGAAGCACACCAAGGGGCAGGAGCUAAUGAAGAAGGUAUGUGACCACAUCAACCUCAUUGAAGGUGACUACUUUGGACUAGCUAUGUGGGAUUCUCAGAACACAAAAGUCUGGCUAGAUCCUUUAAAAGAGAUCAGGAAACAAGUACAUGUUGUAGGCGGAUCUUGGAACUUUGCCUUCAGUGUGAAGUUUUAUCCUCCCGAUCCUGCUCAGUUGACAGAAGAUAUAACAAGAUACUACUUGUGUCUCCAGCUGCGACAGGACAUCCUCACAGGGCGUCUACCCUGCUCAUUUGCAACACUAGCUUUGCUGGGGUCCUACACAAUCCAGUCUGAACUUGGAGACUAUGACCCAGACCUACAUGGGCUGGAUUAUGUUGGAGAGUUCAAACUGGCACCAAACCAGACCAAGGAACUCGAAGAGAAAGUUAUGGAACUUCACAAAUCGUACAGAUGUAUGACUCCAGCUCAGGCUGACCUUCAGUUCCUGGAGAAUGCCAAAAAGCUUUCCAUGUAUGGUGUUGACCUUCAUCAAGCUAAGGACUUGGAAGGGGUGGACAUCUUAUUAGGAGUAUGCUCUAGUGGCCUUCUUGUCUACAAAGACAAACUGCGGAUCAACCGCUUCCCCUGGCCGAAAGUAUUAAAGAUUUCAUAUAAACGAAGCAGUUUUUUCAUUAAAAUUCGACCAGGAGAGCAAGAGCAAUAUGAAAGCACCAUUGGAUUCAAACUUCCCAAUUACAGGGCCUCAAAAAAAUUAUGGAAAGUGUGUGUGGAACAUCAUGCUUUCUUCAGGCUAGCUUCUUCAGAAGUCACACCAAAGAGUAAAUUCCUUGCGUUAGGCUCCAAAUUUCGCUACAGUGGACGAACCCAUGCCCAAACAAGGCAUGCUAGUGCUUUAAUUGAUCGGCCUGCUCCUCAGUUUGAAAGAACUGCAAGUAAACGAGCAUCUAGAAGCCUUGAUGGUGCUAAACGUAAAGAGCACUAUUUUCGACUCAGACAUGUGGAACAUGAGGAGGAGAUGAUCAUUCCUGAUCUGAGUCUUUUAGAAAUGGUCCAAGAGUUCACAGCCAAGCAUGUACCUUCAGAGAUUCAUUUGAAACCUGUAUUGGAGGAGGAGAGUGAUGCGGUGUUUGCUGAUCAGAAUUACUUUGAACCAGACCGUGAGCUGCCAGCUGCAGUGACUGUAACCCCAGAUCGAAGUUUGCGACCCACCUCUGCCCCAGUGAUUGCUCAGAGUCACUCAGAUGAGGCAGGUGUCUUGCCUCCAACUUCUUUUAAAGAAGUAGAGGUGUGCAGCGUAGUAAAAGAACCGAAGAUUCAAGAAAAGCCUGAUGAGAAAGUGGUCCAGAAAGUUGUUGUAGACCCUAUAGAAGUCAAGGUGAGGAAAGAGCAGACUGAGGUUACAACACCAACAGUAAAUGGUAACCAUUUGCAGCACCCCCCAGCUCCAAAUGAGGAGUUGAUAAGGAUGAGGAAGAAAAGAUCAAAGAGAAUUGAGGGUGAAAACAUUUAUAUCAGACAUAGCAAUUUAAUGUUGGAGGACUUGGACAAAACCCAAGAUGAGAUUAUGAAACAUCAUGCCAGUAUUAGCGAACUCAAGAAGAACUUUAUGGAAUCUGUUCCAGAGCCAAGGCCCAACGAGUGGGACAAACGUCUUUCCACUCAAUCACCUUUCCGAACACUUAAUGUCAAUGGUCAGAUCCACACAGGCAUUGAAGGAGUCAAGAGAACCACUGUCUCACCCUCACAGAGAAACCUUGAUGGGCCAGAGAAUGUGAAUGAAAUGCCUAAUUUGAAAGCGGAUGAGCUAACAGAGGGGGUAAAUGCUAGUCCUGAUUCGACAUUACAGGGUCAAAAACAGGAGGUGGCCUGCAGUGACAGUCAAAGGGCAACUCCACCUGAGUCUCCACGAGUAUGUGCCUCCACCCCUUCUUCCUCUGAGUGCAGUGAGGAUGAAGAGCAGGAUGAGGGGGCUUCUUACUUCCUUCAGAGCAAAGAGGACCUAAGCUGCCUGAAUGGGUCCACGCUGGGCUUGGAGCCACAUGCUGAAGCUUCAGAGGAAUCUGAGGAAGAGACCCCUGAAAUCUCUUCUGCACUUCCACCAGACAACUGCAAGGAGGAAGAGGAGGAGGAGGAAGAAAAUAAGGCAACAACAGCACCAGCACCAACACCACCACCACCACCACCACCAGCAGAGGAUACAGACAAGAAGUGUUUUACACCAGAGAUUCAACUUGUAACGAUAAAUGGGGACUAUUGCAACUCUCACUGUGAAAGUGGGUCACCCCUCCUUAUUCGCUGUUUUCAGCCACCACUAGUGAAGACUCAGACUGUCACCAUCUCAAAUGUAUCUGAUACACUUAAAAGUGAAAUCCCAACAAAAGAAGUUCCCAUUGUUCACACAGAAACGAAGACCAUAACCUAUGAGGCUGCACAGGGCAGUGAUGGAAAUACAGAUGCAGAGCCCGCAAUUUUACUGAGUGCUCAAACCAUCACCUCAGAGACAAAGAGCACCACUACUACAACUCAGAUCACAAAGACUGUUAAAGGUGGCGUUUCUGAAACAAGGAUUGAAAAGAGAAUAGUUAUCUCAGGCGAUGCAGACAUUGACCAUGACCAGGCCUUAGCUCAAGCAAUCAAGGAGGCAAAGGAGCAGCAUCCGGACAUGUCUGUGACCAAAGUGGUAGUGCACCAGGAAACAGAAAUAGACGAACAAUAAUUUAACAUAG